AUCGUGACGCAUGUAGUGCCAGCACCCCCGACGAGGUAUGUGCUGGUAUGUACGGAAUCAACGUCGGGGCAACCAGCACAGGGUGGCUGACUUCGGUGGAGCGACGUCGGGAGGAUUCACAGGGUGGUUCCUAGUCGCGUGCUCUCAUUGCCAGAGAAGAUCCGCUCACGUAGCACGUGUAACCGUUGUGCACGCGAUGCCCGUGAUUUGUUCGUCCUUUUAUUAAGAGGAAGACACCGGCACCGGGACCGAAAUGGCACAGGAAAUCCCGGAGACAAUGUACGUACCGGAAGCCGUGGAGGACGCGAGAAAGGAGCGAGAACGGCUCGCCGUUCAAGAGGGAACCGCCCUGUGGAGACGACGAAAGGAGGAGUUGCAACGUCAAAAGCACCGCGAACAGCGUGAAUUCCAACAGAUCUUGGAGAAUUAUUCGCCUUGGGGUAAACCAGGCGGUGGUGCCCCUUGCGCAGCUACCCUCAGGAAAAAGAACGUUCCCCUUGAAUCCCCGGAAUCAUCGAAGCGUCACAAUUUCGGACAGCUGGCGCAUCUCUGGCCCUGGGGUCGACCCGGUCCUGGAGGAGUUCCUUGGAGGGAUCCCAAGUUGCUGGGUGUGCGCUUCCUUGAAUCCUUGGGGUGGACGAGCGAUUCGACGAUCGAAAGGUUACACAGAAGGAGCAUUAAUCCUUUGCCCGUUACGGAUAUGAACAAGUUCUUUGAUGAUAAGGCGGAAUCAGGUAUCGCGACGGACACGCGAUUCCUCGAGGAUACGAGCAAUCGGUACAACGAGGAGGUUCAGGUUUACGAAUUGACCGGAGGCGUGGAAUUGGUUCCGCUUUUGACUAGCAGACGUUAUUACUCGCGGCCGCAAAACGCUCGUCAUGUUACCGACGCCACGCGUCCCGGAUACACGAUAGAAUCAUUACGCGCGCUGGGUGUUGGGAAUCGCGAGUACAUCGGUGAACUCGCCGAGCAAGUGCGACGAAAACGGGAGAAGGCAUUGGAGGAACGACGCGUGGAGCAAGAAAGUUCUCGGAGACAUUUCGAUACCUGGAGAAAGUUCUGGGGUCGACCAGGUCACGGCGCACCCAUAGAUCAUACUCACCGUAACAAUCUCUGUAACAUUCUGUACCGGUCGGCCAUCUAUUGAAUUUUCUCCCUUAGCUGCACGGCGCAAAAUCAGCGCCUAUGUACGUAUAUACUUAGAAGCAAUGGGACAACUUUCUAUAAAAUCUCAUUAGAGAAGAAUUGUUGUGGAACAAAUAACUGGUUAUGGGAGAUAAAUAAGUUCACGACUUUAUUAUAAGAUAAUGGAAUAGUAAGAUGGAUUGCUAAAAUUUGAUUACAGUCGUUCGAGUAGAAAGCAAAUGAGUCGGAUACAAUCUAAUAAAUAAUGAUAACCACUAUAUGGAAAGUAGCUUGCAGUGUGUAAUUAAUUAAGUAUAAUACGUAGGCGAGUACAGGUAGCGUAGUGCUUAGUUACUUUAAUAAGAUUUCAGUAUUUUCGAGAGAUUGUUAAUAAUUAAUUACAACAGCUCUUGCGUCUCAUGGAUUUAUAACUAAAUAAUUUAUGCCCAGGAAGACAUUUAUUUGUAAUAAAAUACAUUAGGAUAAUUAUAAGAAUAUUUCCUAUGUUUAUUAGACAUGUAGAGACUUCAGAUUUAUCAAAUGAUGUAUGCAAUUUAAAAUUAAUUACGCUUACCUAAGAUCCUGCUUAUAUAAAGGUGUUAGUGUACGACGAAUAAAUCGUUAAGCUUGUUUCUAUAAAAAAUAUCUCUUUUACGUUAUCAAGAGACGUUGAUUCAUCCUGAGAGGCGAUAAGUAUUUGAAGGAUGAUUUCAUCUGUCCGUGGAAAUACGGAGGUGAAAUCAGUGGAAAGGAUUUCGCCAAGGUAGUACAGGACGAAUCGAGUCGAGAGAACGUGUCGGGGCGAUCUAUUAAAUUUCAUGAAAGCUCUCCAAGGAAGACGUUUGAUAAAGCCAGAGCCGAUGCUACGAUUGACCAGACCUCAAAGGAGCAAUCUCAUGAGUACGUGGCUACCCGACUCGAUGGUUUUUACAUUUCAUCAACGUUGAGGGAUAAGAAUUUGAAUAGAUUCAUGCAUACACGUGUGCGCACCGCACCCAUUUGUAUCCGUGCUCGCGCGUCUGGUCCAGGGAAUCUAACUUGAGCGAUCGUCAAAAGAAACGUCCCUUGUUACUAUCGAUGCUGCCUGCUAUACUCAAAAACUUUAUUGGUUACUUCGGUUCACGGGCAUCAAAGGACGGAAGCCGGUACAAACGGACGGGAAGAAAGGGAAAGAGGAAAGUCCCGGCCUCGUAAAACAGUUUGCAAUAUCGCAUGCCAUGCUAAACGGGGCGAGCGCUCCUGUGCGUUUGAACGCAGCGUUCAAACAUCUGCUUCCUGUUCCAUAAUAUUUCCGGGGAAUGCUCGAUGAAAGUUCAACCCUUCAAGUCCCUGUCUACCUUCCGCUGAAAUUGCAUUUGAAGGGACUUGCUAUGAAUAAAUAUAUACUUAAAGAUCCUUCCGCUUUAUUUUACAAAAGUACACAUCGCGACGCAAGAAGCAAUACCACGUAAGGUGGUUCUAUCCCGAGUACCGUGUCUCGCAAAUUCUAUUCAUGUACCAUUCAAGAUUAUAAUGUAAGCUUGUAUUUCUUGGUUAAACGUAUCAGGCCAACGAAAACAAUUCAGUAAUUCAAGUGUAAUAACAACGCGAUAGAAAUAAUAAUAAUAAUACUUUAUUUUACGGACAAAGCCCAUUAUAACAUACAACAAAAAGAAUACAGUAAUAAUAUAGUAGAAAUAAUGGACAUAAGAUAAAAUAA